GAAUGCAAGCGUUUGCCGACACGUUUUUUUGAUGCAGAUCACCACCACAAACAGUAUAUCCAGUAUGAACACUGUUAGGGAGUUGUUGUUUGCCUGUUGUGUUUCGCUGUUGGUGCUUGAGGUUUCAACCACUUUGUCCAAGAGUGAUAGAGGAAAGAAAAAGAAAGUAGAGAAAGAAAUACCAAAGACGUCAGAUAAAAAUGUUUUGGACAGAGGUUUGGUGAAAACUGAUGUAAAAUGGAAAGAUAUAGCUAGUGAACAUGCUGCAUUUAGUGAAUUAGAGAAACAGGUCAAAAGAUUCCAGGGAGAGACACUUGGAUAUGUCACACCUUGGAAUGGACAUGGUUAUGAUGUAGCUAAGAUAUUCAAUAAAAAACUAACAUAUGUAAGCCCAGUCUGGCUGCAGGUGAAGAGGAAACCUGGGGGAGCUUUCAUGAUCACUGGAGGACAUGAUGUUGAUAAAGGAUGGGUCUCUGAGGUCACAAAAGGGAAGUCCACAAAAAUGGUACCUCGUAUACUGUUUGAUGGUUGGACUGGGGCCGAUUAUCAAGCUCUGUUCAGCAGUGAAGACACUAUGGAGGACUGUAUAGAUGCUAUUAUUAAAUUCAUUAAGGAUUAUAAGUUUGAUGGUGUUGUUGUAGAGAUUUGGUCCCAGCUUGGAGGGAGUGCAAAAACGGAGCUGGUACAUUUCUUGAUUCACAUGGCAGAGAACUUCCACAACAACAACAAAGAAUUAAUACUUGUUAUACCUCCACCUGUAUAUGACAGAAAUUCACCAGGAAUGUUUGGUAAAGAAGAAUUUGAUCAACUGGCGCCAAAAGUUGAUAAAUUUUCCUUAAUGACUUACGACUUUUCAAAUCCAUCAAGGCCAGGUCCAAAUAGUCCUUUACCAUGGGUAAGACAGUGUGUAUCCGUGUUAGAUCCUGAAGGGACUUCACCAUACAGAUCGAAAAUACUUCUUGGACUUAAUUUCUAUGGCAACGAUUAUUGGUCAGGCACUGGGGAAGCUAUUUUAGGAAAUAAAUUUGUUGAAUUACUACAGAAAUACAAGCCAAAAAUAACUUGGGAUGAAAAAAUUGCUGAACAUUAUUUUAAGUAUACAGCUGGGAAAACAAAACAUGCUGUAUUUUAUCCAACACUAAAGUCCAUUCAGGACAGAUUGGAUCUGGCAACAGAACUUGGUGUAGGAAUAUCAAUAUGGGAAAUAGGACAGGGCCUGGACUACUUUUAUGAUUUGUUGUGACACCAUUUUCACUGUGAUUUUUACAUUUUCAUGAAAUUAAAUAUUUAUUUUUAUAUAAAUAUAUGUUUUUAUAUAUAUGCCUAUGUUUAUCUUUCAAAGUUAUGUUGUGAUAUGCUUACCAUACAUGUGAUCUCCCGCGCGGGAGGGUCAAAAUCCCGAUUUUUUCACCUUGCCUCCAGUCUCCCGACCAAAACCAUUUUUCUCCCGCUUUUCAAAAAAUAAAAAUCAGUAUUAUGACUGGGUUGUUAAUUACCGAGGAGUGCCAAACAUGUUUACACAGUAAAUCAAAGGGUCACCGACUGUUGUGUAUUAUACAUGUUUGACACACAUGUAGCUGGAGGAAAGAGUUGUUUUUCACAGGUGAAUUAUUAAUUGUUUGUUUUGAUAAGGGAUUAGACAAGCAGGGCCUUUUUCCACCUGCCUCAUGGGGCCGAAUAUCUGCCCAUUCUCAAUGCCAGUUCAGCUCCAUUUUUUACCCAUUUGAAGCAAAAAACUCCCCGUCAUAAGAAAUAAUUCCCAGCUGAAAUGAAUUUUGAUUAUUCAAAGAAAAAUUUUGCUCGGUAAUAAAAUCACAUAAAUAAUUGUUGGAGAAACCAACCCAUUACUAUUUUUAGAACAGGAGUGUUAUUUCCCCUUACGGAGUUACGCCAUUUUCUUCCAAUGUUUACCAAAUUAAUUUGCUACUAAAUUGGACUUAUUUCAUUGAAAAUUGGAUGAAAACACACACUCAUUUAUUUGAUAACAUCAAUCUACAUUAUUUUGGUAAGGGUAAAUACAUGUUGCUGCAUUUCUGUUUUCUAUUUUUCAUGUCAAAAUCAUAUCAGUAUUUUUAUACGAAAGUGGGUGGGGUAAGGAAUUUACAUAAUUUAGGAGUUGUGUUCAGACCAAUUUAGAGCUUCGUUUUUUUUAAGUCCUCGAGUAGAAUAAUGUUAAUGCAUGUUCACCUUCAUUUCAGACCUAAGUUGAGACUUUUUUUCUACAAAUUUAAUCUGUUAUGAAAGUUUAAAGUUAGAACAAGAUCGAGGGAGCUUCUGUAAGAUAGCAUGCUCAACUUUUCUCAGUGAUUGUCUCUGAAUUAAAGCUUUGCCAGUAAAAGGGACAUAAUAGGCAAUAGCUUUGUAUAUAACAGAGAUAUUAGACAUUAUAUAAAACUUUAACAAAAAAAAUGAAGUUAAGAAGUGGCAUAAGUCUGGCAAAAUUCAAAUCAAGAGUUAUGAGGAUUGUUUCUUUUGGUGUAGACUUAUAAUUAUACAUUAUUGUGUGGCCAAAAAUGUUGGAUUUUGCCUCUAAGUUAUGUGUCCGCGUGCUUAAUUUAUAUCGAUAAAAAACCUCCAGUUUUGAGACCCCAACUCCAGCUGAAAAAUGGCAAACCUCCAGUUUUGGGAUUCUGAACUUAUCACAUGUAUGAUGCUUACUCUAUUUUAAGAAGAGACAAAAUCAGUCACUUUUGUAAACUGCUCAAGGUAUAUGUCCCAUAGUCGACAAUUUCUGUGUCACUGCAUAUUUUUGUUUGCUAUUUCCACAUUUUUCAAAUGAAUAGCUGAGAGAUAACAUGAAUUUCGAAUGCUUUUGCUCCAUGUUGUUGAAUACUCGAAAGAUAUUGCUGUACAUCAAUGUGUCAUGUGUAAAUUCUUUGUUAAUACUUCUCAGCCGGCUCUUAACUGUAGUUGUUACUCAUCUGAACUAGUUGAAGCUUUACACAUUCCUUUUCCAAGAAAACACCAAGUCAAUGACCUAGGUCCAAUAAAUUGCCUUCAUUUUGAUGAAUUCAUUCUUCCUUUUUGUUCUGAAACAUUUCCAGCUCAGUUGAACCAAAGGUUCACAGUGAGCUGUUAGUAUUUAUGAAUGGAUGGUCUAUGGUCCAUUGUAAACAUAUUAAUUAAAUAUAUUUUCUCUCUCUCAAGUUACACAAAACUUGGAAUGUAGUAUUUGGCAUAGACCUAUUGCAAGCUUGUUCUGCCUGACCCAAUAAUUCAUUUCAGGUCACAAGGGAUGAAAAUAGAAAAGUAAGCUAAAAGAUACUUUUUCUCAUGAGUCAUACAAUGCUUUAUCACAAAAUUUGAUAUAGAGUGUCCUUGAUUUCACUUCAGUUAAUUUAAAUAGUUCUACUUGAAGAUUUCUGUUGUAGUAUAUAGUAACCAAAACAGGCAUUUAAGGUGCUUGAAGUUAGCUAUCAGUAUAGAUCUAGAACACUUAUCACUUUUAUUUUUUAGUAGGGAAUUAUGUUUUUUUCAUUGACACCAUUUGUUUUUGUUUGUAAAAAUAUUUUAUGUUUAGAAUAUUACCAUGUGAGCCCACUCUCUUAAAUAAAAUUGGUAGGACACAAUACUCCCAGUCAAGGUGUUGUGAGUUUGAUCUCUGUUUUAAUUAAGUGUAGUUUAUACAAAUUUAUUUUAGCUCAAUUGUGACGAGUUUCAAGCUUACUUGAACCACUCUCGAGUCUGCUUCCUGAAAAAGCCAAUACUGGUGUCAUAUGAGAAGGUGUGGUCGUGACCCCAUUGGGGUUCAGACACACAACCUGCCAGAUGGAGCAUCCGACACCUUAAAUACAGUUAUAAUUUGACUAAAGGGAAAGCACCUAAGAUUAGUUCUAAACAUGUUUAUUGUGAUGAAGUUGCCGGUCAAGUAAUAAUGGUUAAAGUCACUGAACCACAAUUGUGCUAAAAAUGGCAUUAUUAAUAUAUUAAAUAAUAAGCAAAUAAUAAGUGUUCUAAGCCAGUUAUGUGUAACAAAAACAGCAUAUUAUUCUAGAUAUUAGUGGUAUUUUCAUAAUCUUUAUAAAUUCAGAAUAUUUAUAUCCUUCUAUCAAUGUAAAACUAUAAUCUUAAAAAUAAAAGUCUUGUCUGUUUGAUACUAAAAUAUUAUAAUGAUACAAAAAUAAAAUAUCUAGCAACAUACGUGCAACUACAUGUAUAUGAAGUUGCCUGCAAUGAUAAGAAGCCAGGACAAAAAUACUAGCUUACAUAUAUUAAUUUUUUCUCUCAUAUUUUUGUGUUCAUAACUGCUCCUCUUUUUCAGUACAUGUGCAUGCUGUUCUUUCUUAAUAAAAAGAUAUUGCAAAAACAAAGGCUUCACAUUUCCCCAAAGUAUAAUUAUAUGUUACAGUUAUAAAUCUAUCAUACGCUAAAAUUUUAACAAGAGUACCACAAUGGGGAGCAGUAUACGCCUGAAGGUAUGACCUUUGACCCCUAAGUGUGACCUUGACCUUGUUGCUAGCCAUCCAGAACAUGUGCUGUGCACAUCGUCUCGAUGUGAUGAACAUUUUUGCUAAGUUUCUUCAAAUCCUUCAUGGGGUUCAAAAGUUACAGAGCGAAGAGCUUUGACCCCUAAGUGUGACCUUGACCUUGAAGUGAGCCAUCCAGAACAUGUGCUCUGCACGUCGUCUCGAUGUGAACAUUUGUGUCAAGUUUCUUCGAAAUCCUUCAAGGGGGUCAGGCGUUACAGAGCAGACAUGCAACACACUCAAAUGACUUUUGACCUGUAAGUAUGACUUUGACCAUCAAGCAAGCCAUCCAGAACAUGAACUCUGCAUGUCGUCCUGAUGUGGUGAACAUUUGUGUCAAGUUUCUUUGAAAUCCUUAAGGGGUUCAAGAGUUACAGAGCAGAAACAAAAUUGCUAACGAACAGGCGGACGGACAAUGGGCGGGGGGUGUAUAACAUAAUACGUCCCUUCCGGCAUAUAAUAACUGAAUAUUAUGCUAGAAAGUGGUGAAAUGAUAUUCAAAAUGUAUCUAAAUUAAGGACUAUUCAAAAUGGAUAUCAGUUUUGAAAAUUAUUUGACAUUUUAUCUAAGAAAAGAUGACUGGUCAUUAUUUUGUAAUUUAGGUGUGGUAUUUUACUUCCAAGGGUGAACCAGUCAUUUCAAGACUUUGUAUUUUCUGUUUUAAAUCCAGCGGUAGAUGUGAGACACUUUCUGUUUGAGUGUGAAUUAUAUGAUAUAAUUCGGUCAAGUGUGUGUGAAGAUAUUUUAGAAAAUGUCGACUUAUGCGUUUAGCAACAAAAAAUAAAAUCGCAUUCAUUCCAUGUAAUUAUCCUAGAAAAACAGCAAAAUUUAUUAUUAAUGUUUACUUAUAUAGGAGAAGCAUUAUGCAUAAUUCUUAGUUAUUCAAGGCAACAUAUUAUAUAUAAGUUGUAGGGUAUUUAAGUGUCGCAUCCAACUAUGCACAUUAUAAUCUUAGGUGGCUAAUCAUGUAAAAGCUGCCGGUAUAAAACUUGUUUAUAUUGAUUUGCAUUGUUAUAAUUGAUCGACGCUUUUUUUUUUGCAUACUUGUUUGUCUCUCAUAUCAGUUUUGUUGGUUAAAGCAAACUUUAUAAAUUAGGUUUAACCUUAAAAUUUUAAAGCAUUUAGUUUUAUGUAUUGUUGUCAUUUGAUCGUCGGCUUUGGUUAAAUUUUUGGUUUAGGUCCACCUUUUCUCAAAAACUGUAGGAGCUACAGCUUUGAAACUUUGCACACCUGUUCAUCAUCAUUAGAUGACUGUGUAGGCCAAGAACCAUAACUGUAAUAUGCAUUUUGUCAAAAUUAUGGCCCUUUGAACUUAGAUAAUUUGAGUUUCUUGGUUAAAUUUUUUGUUUAGGUCCACCUUUUCUCGAAACGUGUUAAGAGCUACAGCUUUGAAACUUUGCACACUUAUUUAUCAUCAUUAGAUGACUAUGUAGGCCAAUAACCAUAACUCUAACCUGCAUUUUGUCAGAAUUAUGGCUCUUUGUACUUAGAAAUUCUGAACUGUAACUCAUUUCUUACAUACUGUCCAGCACUUACAGAGGAGCGAUGGCGCCCGUAGGCGGUGCUCUUGUUGUACUGUAGUGUUGGUCUUUACAUUAAGAUUAUUGAAAAUGUUGAUUUUGGAUCAGUUACAAGUUUCAGUUUGCUAGUCAAAUAUAAUGCACAAUUAUGUCAUGAUUCUUAUCAGCUCAUUAUAACUGUAAAUCUCAUACACUUCACAUCAUGCUGGAUAUGAUUGAUUCUGCCUUUGCGACCAGGGUAGAUCUUGAUCAGUCUGCACAUCCUUGCAGUCUGAUCAAGAUCUGCACUGUUCACCAUUCAGUCAUUAUCUUUUUGGUAAGCACCCCUUUUAACAGUUACUGUCCAAAUUGAAAAAUGGACAAGUUCAUUAUAGAAAUUUAGCUGGCUAAGGGUUAAAGUGACUUACAAUUCAUUUAAGGUUUAGUCCCAUGUUAAUGUCUUCUGUGCUGUUUUGAUCAUAUACAAAUGUCGUAGUUUUUCUGUUAGAGAGAUGUAUCAUAGAUUUUCAGGACUGUUAAAUGGGGAUUAACUUCAGUCAUCCAUGACGGUUUGCAUUCUGUGAUGCAUUUCAGGGUGGUCAUACUCAAUAAUUUGUGAGCUCAAAAUAUAGCAUAUUUUUCUUCAAGUCUGUUCUAAACUGUAACUCUGAUAGUUCAGUUACUGUUAUACAGGUUAUUGUAUUACUGUUAAUACUACUGUAACAUUUAGUGAUUUGUUGUUUAUUAAACAUUCAUUGCAUGUCUGCCAUAGCUUUUUAUAUCUGUUUUAAUAAAAUACAUUCCAUUUAUUGUUGUAGCAAGGUUACGUAUAGUCCCAUAGGGUCAGGUAGUUUUUAGCUCCACUAUUCAGAUCACAUUAUUGUUCAGCAUGCAAACAAAGUAUGUGCAGGGGCUGGGCCCAUUAUACCCAAGGUCAAGGUUAUCCAUUACUUAGGUUAUUUUUAAGGUUAAAGUUUUUCCGCAACCUUUGUUUUUCUGUCAUAUCUUUGUUUCUAUUGCUUAUAUCUUACUGUAAGUUCACAUAAACAUUUUUCAGCAUACAAACAAAGUAUGUGCAGGGGCUGGGCCCAUUAUACCAUAGGUCAUGGUCACCAAGGUGUUAUACUUGGAAUUAUUUUCACGUUAAAUUUUUUCGAAGGCUUUGUUUAUAGACAUAUCUUUGGUAUUCUAAAAGAUAAUGACUUGAAAUUAAAACUAUUUCUUUAUAAUCAUCAUCUGCAUGUGUGGUUACAAUCCCCAUAACUCUAAUUGUAUUUUUGACAGAAUUAUGCCCCUUUCAUACUUUUUUGGCAUUCUUCGUUCCUGGAUAUCACUUAAGUACAAUAUAAGAUAAUGACUUGAAACUUAAAAUGUAUCUUUAUCAUCAUCAUCUGCUAUAAUAAUAAAUAAAUAAAAAAUAAAUAUAAUUUGAGUUUAGCAGUCAUUUUACUUUAUGUGUGCAUGUAGUUUCUUGGACUGUUUUUUCUGAUAUAAUUUAAUUCCAUCAAAAUAAAGAAUGUCAGUACCCCUUCCAUACUUGACCUUUAACCCCUCUGAGUAGUAGGGUCUUUUUAGCUUGACUAUUCAUAGAAAAGUAGAGCUAUUGGACUCGCCCAUGCGUCAGCGUCCACGUCCCAUCGGAGUCGGCGUCUGCGUCCCGAUUUGGUUACGGUUUUAUAUGUAAGCUGAUAUCUCAGUAACCACUUGUGGGAAUGGAUGGAAACUUCACACACUUAUUCACUGUGAUAAGCAGACUUACACUGCACAGGUUCCAUAACUCUAUUUUGCUUUUUUAUAAAAUUAUGCCCCUUUUUCGACUUAGAAGUUUUUGGUAAGGUUUUGUAUGUAAGCUGGUAUCUCAGUACCCACUAAUGGGAAUGGAUUGAAACUUCACACACUUGUUCAUUGUCAUUAUCUGACAUACACUGAGCAGGUCCCAUAACUCUACUUUGCAUUUUUUAAAAUUAUGCCCCUUUUUUCACUUAGAAGUUUUUGGUAAGGUUUUUGUAUGUAAGCUGAUAUUUCAGUAUCCCCUUAUGAGAAUGGAUUGAAACUUCACACACUUGUUCACUGUCAUCAUCUGAUAUGCACUAAGCAGGUCCCAUAACUCUACUUUGCAUUUUUUUAAUUAUGCCCCUUUUUUCACUUAGAAGUUUUUGGUUAAGGUUUUGUAUGUAAGCUGGUAUCUGAGUAUCCACUUAAUGGGAAUGGAUUGAAACUUCACACACUUGUCCACUGUCAUGAGCUGAUAUAAAACACUAUGCAGGUUCCAUAACCCAGUUCCUAUUUGUACAAAAUUAUGCCCCUUUUUCGACUUUGGUAUUCAUUCAAUUGACAAGGCUGUUGAAUAGUCAAGCAUUGCUGUCCUCCGACAGCUCUUGUUAUAUCUUGGUGUAUUUUCCUUUUGAAGAAGAGGUCUCUUAUUAGAGACAUAAAUUCUUACUGUCAAAUCUCUAAAUAGCGGAGCUCACAGUCUUAUGUUUGUUUUGAUGUUUAUUGUUGUAAUUUAAUUUGAAUGCACAUGUCACUAUAAUAAACAAUUUCUUAUCUCA